UCAAUUUUUUCUGGCAUGGUGACCCGAAAACCAGCCAUGGGACUUUGACCCGAUUAUCAGUGUGCUACCUCUGAUCAGAAACCUCUCUUCAAGGCUAGCCUUGAUCAUAAUCCAUAACUCAAUUGAUAAAAAAAAAAAGAGAAAAGAAAGUAAAACAAGCUCAAAAUCUUAUGCAAACGAGUUGGUUUCUCUCGCAAUCAGUUCAUGUAUCUCCGUAAAAAGCCCUAAAACCAAGAAGUUUCGCUUUCUAAAACGCCGCAACGAUGGAGGAUUCGGAAGGAGUUCUCAGCUUCGAUUUUGAGGGCGGCCUCGACGCCGGUCCCACCAACCCGUCCGCUUCUAUGCCCGUCGUGCACUCUGACCCGUCAACUGCUGCCGCCGCCACUAAUUCCGCCGUCGCCUCCGCUGCUUCAGCAGGGGCUUCAGCUGAUCCUGCUGUAGUUGCAGCGGCUGCGAAUCCGUCCGGCAGGCGGAGUUUCCGGCAGACAGUCUGCCGGCACUGGCUCCGAAGUCUCUGCAUGAAGGGCGACGCCUGUGGAUUCCUCCAUCAGUACGACAAGGCCCGGAUGCCAGUCUGCCGGUUUUUUCGCCUCUACGGGGAGUGCCGUGAGCAGGAUUGCGUGUAUAAGCACACGAACGAGGAUAUAAAAGAGUGUAACAUGUACAAACUGGGUUUCUGUCCCAAUGGUCCUGAUUGCCGAUACAGGCAUGCAAAGCAAUCAGGACCUCCACCUCCCGUGGAAGAAGUCCUUCAGAAGAUACAACAAUUACAUUCGUAUGCAUAUGGUUCCUCCAACAAAUUCUAUCAGCAACGAAAUGCUGCUUCCCAACAAACAGACAAAUCUAUGUUUUCACAAGGUCCCAAUGUUAUUAAUCAAGGUGCAGUGGCAAAACCUUCAACAAUGGAGUCUGGCAAUACACAGCAUCAGCAGCAACAACAACAGCAACAGCCACAGCAGCAGCAAGGUCAGCAGUCCCAGCAACAGCUCAGCCAGACACAGAUACAAAUUCCUCCCAGUGGCCCACCGAAUCAGGCAAACAGAACUGCUCUGCCUUUGCCUCAGGGAGUAUCUAGGUAUUUCAUUGUUAAAAGUUGCAACCGCGAAAAUCUUGAAUUGUCUGUGCAACAAGGGGUAUGGGCAACUCAAAGGAGCAACGAAGCUAAACUAAAUGAAGCUUUUGAUUCGGCUGAGAAUGUGAUUUUAAUAUUUUCGGUCAACAGAACUCGACAUUUCCAGGGUUGUGCUAAGAUGACAUCCAAAAUUGGUGGAUCUGUUGGUGGUGGGAAUUGGAAAUAUGCACAUGGGACUGCUCACUAUGGGCGGAAUUUCUCAGUUAAAUGGUUGAAGGUACAGGAAGAAAAAUGUGCCUUCCUUUCUUUCUGUUUAUUCUGCUUCAUAAGACAUAGUAGCGUGAACGCUUAAAAAUUCUCGGCCUGU